UUAUCCGUAAAAGAUAUAUGAUUGGUUGAUAUCUAUUAUAAGUCAUUCUUUUUUUCUAAUAUAUCUGCAAAGCGUCACUUUGAUAGGUUAUAAAAAACCAUAGUGGGGGGUCUCAUUUAAUUCUGAUAACAUCCGUGAGAUAUCGCUUUAAUCGAGAUAGUAGGGUUCUCAGUUGGCUCCCGGGCCGGUUCGUUUGUACCGUUCUUGUAGUUGUCGCGAAACAGUUCACACAGAUCGCUGGACGAUGCGAACUGUCGCGAUUAUCGUCGGUGAAUAUGUCCUUCGUUAAAAAGUUGUAAAGUUCUUAUUUAUUCUAUUGGAGAACGAUCGUGGACGAAACAUUGAGACGACAUAUCUCGCGAUUAUUCUUGAAGGAUUUAUUUACCAUCGAGGGAAAGAAAUAGAAGAGAAAAUAAAUAAAUAAAUAAAUAAAUACAAAAUGGCUUCGUUGAAGUUACUGGUAGCAGGUGCUAGCGCAGUAGGAACUGGCGCAUUAACAUCCUAUUUAUUCUUAUCCGAUUCAACGGUGGUACAUGCUGAAAAGCCAAAACCAGUUAAGAGACCACUGCCAACUAGAGAAAAUCAAGUAGCGACAUUGAAAUCUCAAGAUUAUGAUGUUCUUAUCAUUGGAGGUGGUGCAACUGGUGCAGGAUGUGCUCUUGACGCUUGCACAAGAGGUUUAAAAACGGCAUUGGUAGAAGCGGACGACUUUGCCUCCGGCACUUCCUCCAGGAGUACGAAAUUGAUUCAUGGAGGUGUACGUUAUUUGCAAAAGGCUAUAAUGCAAAUAGACAUAGAACAAUAUAAAAUGGUUAAAGAAGCUUUACAUGAGCGUGCAUCAAUGUUACAUAGUGCACCUCAUCUUGCUCAUCCUUUACCUAUCAUGUUACCAGUUUAUACAUGGUGGCAAAUUCCCUAUUAUUGGUUUGGUAUAAAAAUGUACGACAUAGUAGCAGGCAGUAAAACUGUUAAGUCGUCGUAUUAUCUUAGCAAAUCGAACGCUCUCGAACUUUUCCCUAUGUUGAAGGGUGAUAAAUUGACUGGAGCUAUCGUUUAUUACGACGGUCAACAAGACGACGCUAGGAUGAACUUAGCGAUUGCUUUGACAGCCUCCAGACAUGGAGCAACUGUUGUAAAUCAUGUUAAAGUUGUUAAUCUAUUAAAAGGUCUCGAUAGAGAUGGUAACAGGGUACUUACAGGAGCUCGUUUGAAGGACGAACUUACAGGAGAAGAAUGGGAUGUGAAAGCAAGAGCUAUAAUAAACGCAACAGGACCUUUCACGGAUCAUAUUAGAAAGAUGGAUGACCAAAAUGUGAAAGAGAUUUGUGCUCCUUCGUCUGGAGUUCACAUUGUUCUUCCAGGUUAUUACAGUCCCGACCAGAUGGGUCUCCUAGAUCCUGCGACUAGCGACGGUCGUGUUAUCUUCUUUUUGCCAUGGCAAAAGCAAACAAUUGCGGGUACAACUGACCUACCCUGUGAAGUAACGCACAAUCCACGUCCGACUGAAGACGAAAUUAUGUUUAUCUUACAAGAAGUUAAGAACUACCUCAAUCCUGACGUUGAAGUACGUCGUGGUGAUGUAUUAUCAGCUUGGAGUGGUAUCAGGCCAUUGGUAUCUGAUCCAAACAAACCAAAUACACAAUCGUUAGCUAGAAAUCAUAUAGUACACGUCAGUCCUACGAAACUUAUUACAAUUGCUGGCGGAAAAUGGACAACAUAUCGUGCUAUGGCUCAAGAAACAAUUGAUGCAGCUAUCAAAGCCUGCGAUUUAACUCCUGAAAGAGAAUGCCAGACUGAUGGAUUUCUCUUAGAAGGAGCACAUGGUUGGACUCCUACGAUGUAUAUUAGAUUAGUACAAGAUUUUGGUUUGGAAUGUGAAACCGCAGAACAUCUUUCCAAAAGUUAUGGAGAUCGUGCAUUUGCAGUUGCAAAAAUGGCAUCACUUACUGGCAAACGUUGGCCUAUCAUUGGUAAAAAACUUCAUCCAGAGUUUCCAUAUAUUGAUGCCGAGGUUCGUUAUGGAGUACGUGAAUAUGCUCGUACUGCAAUCGAUAUGAUCGCACGACGACUCAGACUUGCCUUUCUUAAUGUACAAGCUGCCCAGGAAGCUCUUCCAGGAAUUAUAGAUAUCAUGGCUGAAGAACUUCAUUGGUCAGCCGAAGAGAAAAAGAAACAACAACGUGAGGCUAGCGAAUUUCUUUCGAAUGAGAUGGGACAAAUGGUGAAUCGUGCAUCCAGGGACAAAAUACCCAUUAAUCUUACAAAAGACGAAAUCCAAUUAUAUAUCAAACGUUUUGGUAUUAUCGAUAAGGACAACAAAGGAUACGUGUCGAUUAAUGACAUCAGGAGAGGACUCAAGGUACUUGGUAUUAAGUUAAAUGAAGAUGAGAUACACACAUUACUCAAUGAAAUUGAUCUCAGCUAUAAUGGACAAAUGGAGUUACAAGAUUAUUUACAGAUGAUGUCAGCCAUAAAAUCUGGACAUGUGGCAUAUUCUCGUUUUGCACGAAUGGCUGAGAUGGAACAAGAACAACACGAAAAAGAAAUGUUGAAGAAACAAAUUAGCGUUGAAAGAUCCGGUGGAGGACUGUGAAGAAAUUUCUGUCUAACAGAAAUUAUUAUAUUUCCUCUAUUUCCGUAUAUAGCAUACUAAAUAAAAAUUGCAAUAAACUAUUUAUUAUAGUAUGUUACAAAAACUCGAGGCUGCACACUUAAGAAAAACUAUUUACAAAUACUCUGAACGUCUUUUUUAUUAUCUGCAGUUUGAACGAUUCUCUAGUUCAGAGAUUUGAAGAUUUGUUAUAUUGCACUUUUAACAGCAAGAAUAUAUAUAUAUUGCUGUAAAUAUGUAAAAUAUAAUAUGGAAUAUGUGAAAAGUAAAAUGUGAAAUGAAAAAAAAAAACAUCUUUAAUGUAUAUACAAAAAAAAAAAGUUGUAAGAAUAUGCAAAAUGCAGUAUGGUUAAUAUAUAGAGCUCUGAAAGAUUUUAUAAUAUUAUUAUUGAAUAAUUAUACUGCAGAUAAUUAUAAUAUCAAAUACACAUUAAUGAUCAAAGUAUCUUUUAAGAAAUUCAUCAUGUACUUGUUAUGAAGUUAUUAUAAGUCUUGUAAAGGCAUAAAUACAUUAAAAAUACGUAUCAUUAAAUCAUACAUAUUAUCAUAAAAAUAAAAAAUAAAAAAAAAAACACACAGAAGAAACAUUACAUAAAAAUAUAUCGCAUAGAAUAAUCAACGAUUUCCUCGAGUGUAUUUUAGCAGAAUUAUUAUAUAUUACGUAUUAGAAUUCAAAUGAUGAGAUUGCUUUUAUUUGUAAAUUGUUAGACAAAAAAAUUUGAAACGUACGACGUAUUUAUUAAGAAAAUUUUAUUGUUAUAUUAUGAUGGUACACACGAGAAGUAGAAAUGAGAUUCAUGAAAAGUAUUUAUUAAUUUAUUUCAUCCUACUAAUCGUACCAUUAAAUUAAUAAACAGUAUAAACAAAUAGCACUUUCACAUAAAUCAUUUCUUUCAAU